CUUAUUAACACACAUGUUUGUACUUCCAAGCGCUGAAUUCAUAUUGGCUAAGUCAACCUCUAUAUCUCGAAGAGUUGAUCUUAAAAAAGAAAGAUUAGAAUGCAAAUCUCUGAAAAAUCAGAGCAAAGGGAUUGUCAAAGACAAACUGGCUGCACAGAUUAAUAGGAUUAGGAGAAUGAAGAAAUCUCAAAGUAGGAAAAUGUCAGUGAAGAGGGUUUUGUCAGGACAGGAAAUAGAAAGAAAUCUUAAUACGAAAGCUUCUAAAAAAAGAUAUCCUUCCAGUACCAACAAUUCAGAGUUAUCCUUGCCAGGACUUGAUUCCAAACGUACUGAUUCUUCACUCAGCGAGCAAGAGCACUCCUUCAAAAAGAUAAAAUUUCACUCAGUUCAGAACUCUCCAUCACGUCUCCAAAGGAACAACCCUAAGGCUGUACCAAUGCUGCCAAACGUUCGUGAUCUCCUGCUGCCUCCAUCUCUCAGCCCUAAACACAACAAUAUAUCAUCAGAGGAAAAGAGAGGAUACUCUUUGUUUCAUCCAUCCAAUCAAAAAAGCCCAGAUCCCCCCUUCACCCCAAGUUCACCACCAAAUCCAAACUCGAACCUAAUUCGGUCAGAACCGACCUCUCCUUCACAACCUUCCUUCUUCCCAAGCAAGCCCCCUCUAGUCACCCAGACCGACACCAAAAGACCAAUCAAGCGGCAAUCAAAAGCCUUAUCGUUCCCAUACUCCUUGUCCAACUUCAAAAUCAAAAAUGACGGAAACUGAAACUCUCUUAUCCAGUCCCUUCUUAAAAAGUCAGUAGAGUACAGGAAAAAGUUUGAUUCUAACUUCAAACUCCCAAAAUUUAGCAAAAACUCAUUGUAAUUAUAAAUACCUUUCAAUUGAUUCACCGUAA